UUUACAAAAUCAACAUUUUCAUAUUAUUAAAUUAUACGCUUAUAGUAUUUUAAAAUUUUAAAUAAAUAGCAAUAAUUUUUUGUAGUGGUAAAUAGUUAUGUUGUAAAUAAAGUUAUAUUAUAAAUUGUUUUGUGGUAUUAUAAAAUGUCAAUCUAUUAUUAAAACGUAUUAAAAGAUAAGAUAAAUAUUUAUAAUAAGAACUAAAGUAUUUUAAAUAAAUUUAAUUAUUUUCACAUUUUGUUUUUCUUUAUAACAAAGUGAAUACCAUAUAAAUAUUUUGAUCAGUUUAACAUGUAUUCCAUCAUUCCGCGAAUUUUAUUUUUUUCGCAGUCCAAUUAAUUUUUUCGCAGUUUAACUAUUCUUUCAGCGAUGCACGCCAUUACGAUAUGGUUACUGAUCGGAGCCAUUGUUAUACGAUUACAGCUUCACCAAGUGUCACAGAAGUCAUUUUGUCAUAGACAUCACAACAAGAGAUAAUUUAGUGGGCUUUUAAAUUGGGCUUACGGCCCAUAUGUAAUAGUAUCUAUUUAUCCAAAGUGAAGUGAAGUGUCGGAAUCGACAAGACUCGUUGAGUUUAAUGUCUUGUCUGAGAAAAUAUCAUUCUCGAGUUCGUUCACUGAAUCGUGUCAUAUCGAACGACGCAAGUGAAGUCGAGAGACGAGCUCGCGCUCUCAGAGUUCUAGACAUCAUAUCUUCGAAACCAGAUGAAGCUUCGAGUCGCCAGAACAAUCUUGGACUCGUUAAGGACUUUCUGCGAACAGAUUCGAAGCAUCUCAGAGAUGAUCUUGGCCUCGCAAGAACCAAACAUGGAGUCUCAAGCGUGCUGGAAGAAGUUCUGCUCGAGGAUUCUUCAGUUCUCAAGUGUAGCUUCGAUGCUUAUGGUUUGUCUUCCGCCCUGAGCUCUUGCGGGUCGGAUCGUGACUUUCGAACGGGUUAUGGGUUUCACUGCUUAGCGUUAAAAAGUGGGUUUACCUCAGAUGUGUACGUAGGAAGCUCUUUAGUCGUUUUGUAUAGAGAUUCUGGCGAGUUAGAUAAUGCACGUAAAGUGUUCGUUGAAAUGCCUGAGAAGAAUGUGGUUUCGUGGACGGCUAUGAUCUCAGGGUUUGCGCAGGAGUGGCGUGUGGAUAUCUGCUUGAAUCUUUAUUCAAAGAUGAGAAACUCAACCUCUGAACAACCGAAUGAUUACACCUUCACGGCUCUCUUGAACGCUUGCACUGGAAGCGGAGCGUUAGGGCAAGGAAGAAGCGUUCAUUGCCAGACGCUUAAGACAGGUUUCAAGUCUUGUCUCCAUAUCUCAAACGCUCUCAUCUCGAUGUACUGUAAAUGCGGAGACUUGAAGGAUGCUUUCCGUGUCUUUGACCAGUUUUUAGACAAAGAUGUCGUCUCUUGGAACUCUAUGAUUGCUGGUUACGCGCAGCACGGACUUGCGACGCAAGCUAUCGAGCUUUUCGAAGUAGUGAUGCCCAAAAGUGGGACAAAGCCUGAUGCUAUCACGUAUCUAGGAGUCUUGUCAUCGUGCAGACACGCUGGUAUGGUAAAAGAAGGAAGAGAGUUCUUCAAUUCGAUGUCUGAACGCGGCUUGAAACCACAACUCAACCAUUACUCUUGUCUAAUCGAUCUUCUCGGGAGGUUUGGUCUGCUGCAAGAAGCAUUAGAGCUGAUCGAAACCAUGACGAUGGAACCAAACGCAGUGAUAUGGGGAUCUCUGCUGUUCUCUUGCCGUGUCCACGGAGAUGUCUGGAUGGGAAUCAGAGCUGCUGAGGAACGGCUGAUGCUUGAACCUGAAUGUGCAGCCACGCAUGUCCAGCUGGCUAAUCUUUACGCUAGUGUUAGGUACUAUAAAGAGGCGGCGAUGGUGAGGAAAGCGAUGAAAGAUAAAGGGCUAAAGACGAGUCCAGGGUGUAGUUGGAUUGAGAUUGAUAACGAUGUUUACAUGUUUAAAGCUGAAGAUGGUAGUAACUGUAGAAUGGUAGAGAUUGUUUAUGUUCUUCAUUGUCUUGUAGAUCACAUGGAGUUCCUCUAAUACAACGCCUAACAGAUAAGUCGAUAAUUAUACAAUAGAUUUUUUCUUUUGCACA